CUUUCGUAAAAAACAUUGGAAUCGCGGAGGAAGCGGGGACCAGAGAAAUCCUAUCUUCCUCCUCUCUGCAUUAUCAGGUAGCUUUUCAUCCCAAACCUUUCCCUAGCCAUGGCGGUGGCAGCGCUUACAAUCGCCUCGGCGUUCUUACCGCCCCGGCUUUCUGGAUGUCCCCGUAUCCAGCGGAAGGGCUUCGGGUUCAGAUGCAAGUCGAGCCUCAGCAACGAGGAGGAGUAUUUGGUAGAUGCGCCGGUUUCAAUUGGAGAUGGAUUUUCUUUUAGUGGAGGGAAGUAUGCUAAAGGGCCAAGUCAAAUUGACGAGUGGUUUGCUCGGGGGAAAAUGGUAAACGCUCAUCCUGCAAAUAGUAGUAAAGGGAAAGCAAAAGAUCCAAUAUUUGGUCUUACAAUGGGUGGUGGUUCUCAAACCACUGAUGAUGUUUUCAGAUGGUUUUGUGUUGAAGCUGGAGACUGUUCUAACCCUUCGAUCAUUUUGAUUCAUGGCUUCCCAUCUCAGGCAUAUUCAUUUCGCAAAGCUCUUCCUGUUCUAGCUGAAGAAUAUCACGUCAUUGCUUUUGAUUGGAUCGGUUUUGGGUUUUCAGAUAAACCUCAACCAAGAUAUGGCUUUGAUUAUACUCUGGAUGAGUAUGUUUCGUCUUUGGAAUCUCUUAUUGAUGAGUUCAAAGCGGAUAAUCUAUCCCUUGUUGUACAGGGAUAUUUUUCUCCUGUAGUUGUCAAGUACGCCAGUUAUUAUCAAGAGAAGAUCAGGAAUCUUAUACUUAUCAAUCCACCACUAACUGAAGAGCAUGCAAAGUUACCACCAAGCCUCUCAAUAUUCAGUACCUUCUUGCUGGGUGAGAUAUUUUCCCAGGAUCCCCUUAGAGCCAGUGAUAAAGUUCUGACCAGCUCUGGGCCAUACAUGAUGUUGGAGGAAGAUGCAAUGGUUUAUAGAAGACCAUACCUUACAUCUGGUUCUUCAGGUUUUGCGCUAAACGCAAUCAGCAAAUCCAUGAAGAAAGAUCUCAAGCGUUAUGUUGAGUACAUGAGAACAGCUCUAGCUAGCAGCUCCUGGAAAAUCAACAGUGUAGUGUGCUGGGGUUUAAGAGAUCGGUGGUUGAGCUAUAACGGCAUUGAAGAUUUCUGCAAGUCCUCAAAUCUUAAAUUAGUACAACUGCCAAAGGCUGGCCAUCAUGAUGCACAGGAAGAUUCUGGAGAAGAGCUUGGGACAAUAGUAGCAGAUAUCAUUGGCAAAGGAAUGUGAUAUUUGAAAUGAAGAAAAAAGAUUAUUGUCAACAUA